AUGGGUAUUCUCGAAAAGAUCGCCCAGAUCCAGGAGGAACUCUCCAAAACACAGAAAAAUAAAGCUACCGAAUACCAUAUUGGUCUCUUGAAAGGAAAACUUGCAAGAUACAGAAGGGAACUUCUAGAACCUCAGCCAGGACAAGGAUCUUCAGGAGGUGGCCAGGGUUUUGAAAUUGCUAAAGCAGGAGAUGCCAGAGUGUCACUUAUUGGAUUCCCAUCUGUGGGUAAGUCGUCGUUUUUGUCCAAAGUGACCAACACAAAGUCGGAAGCCGCCAACUACGAGUUUACCACAUUGACUUCCGUCGGAGGUAUUUUGGAGUACAAUGGUGCUGAAGUGCAGAUUGUGGACUUGCCAGGUAUUAUCAAGGCUGCUGCACAGGGUAAAGGUAGAGGACGUCAGGUGAUUGCCGUUUCGAGAACGUCAGACUUAAUUUUGAUGGUGCUAGAUGCCACUAAAGGUGGAGAACAAAGACAAAUCUUAGAGAACGAGUUGGAGACUAUGGGAAUUCGCCUUAACAAGGAAAGGCCCAAUAUUUCUCUCAAAAUCAAGAAAACUGGCGGUGUCAAGUUGAAUCUGAUCACACCUCCUAAGUAUUUGGACGAGAAGAUCGUCAGUGCACUUUUGAAAGAUUACAAGAUCCAUAAUGCUGACGUGCUUGUGCGAGACGAAAACUGUACCAUUGAGGACUUCAUUGACAUUAUCAACGACCAGCACAUGUCGUACAUCAAGUGUUUGUACGUUUACAACAAGGCUGAUGCUGUUUCCUUGGAAGAGGUGGACAGACUUGCCCGCGAACCCAACACUAUGGUAAUUUCAUGUGAAGAAGACCUCGGCAUUGACGACUUGAAGGAGGAGAUCUGGAGACAGCUUGAUCUUGUGAGGUUAUACACCAAGAGAAGAGGAAUUCAGCCCAAUUUCGACGAUCCCAUGGUUGUGAGAUCGCAGUCGACGAUUUUGCAAGUGUGUGAUGCAAUUCACAGAGACAUGAAGAACCAGUUCAAGUAUGCGUUGGUUUGGGGUUCCAGUGCUAAGCAUUCUCCACAGAAGUGUGGGUUACAGCAUCCUGUUCACGAUGAAGAUGUUGUUCAAAUCAUUACGAAGUAG